AAACAUUCUCAUAAAUUGUUAUUGUCAUCUAAACCAAAUGGGGUUUAGUUUAUCUGUAUUGGGAAAAUUCUUCAAACUUGGUCUUGAACCAGAUGUCUUUACCUUCACCACUCUAAUCAACGGCUUUCUUCUCAAGAAUAGAAUGGCGGAGGCGGCAGGAAUUUUCAACAAAAUGAUUGCGGGAGGUAAUUGUCAGCCUGAUGUGAUUACUUAUGGCACACUAGUAAAGGCCUUUUGCAUGAAAGGUAACAAUAGUGCUGCUAUUCAGUUGCUUAGGAAGAUGGAGGAAGGAGCUUGCAAGCCUGACCUAGUUGUCUAUAGCACAAUCAUCGACAGUCUUUGUAAGGAUACACUAGUGGAUGAUGCAUUUAACCUCUUCUCAGAAAUGAUAAGCAAGGGUAUUGCCCCAAAUGCCAUUACCUAUACAUCCUUGAUUCAUGGAAUUUGCAAAUUAGGCGAGUGGAAAGAAGCUACAAGGUUGUUGAAUGACAUGGUGAGUAAAAACAUCUUUCCAGAUGUGUUCACAUUCAGCAUCUUGGUAGACACAAUUUGUAAGGAGGGGAUGGUCGUGGAGGCAGAAGGUGUGGUUGAAAUGAUGAUUCAAAGAGGUAUUGAACUAAUGCUUAGCAAGGGCUCCAUGGUUAAUGUUGUUAGUUACAGCACAUUGAUAAAUGGAUAUUGUAAGCAUAGAAAAAUAGAUGAGGCCAUGAUGCUUUUUCUGGAUAUGUCUCAUAAGGGACUGGUUCCAAAUACCAUUACUUAUAACACUCUUCUGGACGGCUUUUGCAAAACAGGCAGAAUACAGGACGCACAAAAGUUGUUCUCUAAGAUGCAAGCUUGUGGCCAACUUCCUGAUGCUCAAACUUAUUCUAUUUUACUGGAUGGCCUGUGUAAAAACCGACAACUUUCUAGGGCAAUGCAAUUGUUUUGUGAGAUGGAAGCGAAGAAGUUGGAUAUUGAUAUUGUGAUUUACAAUAUUCUUCUUGAAGGUUUGUUUAUAACUGGAAAAAUUGAAUCUGCUAGGGAUCUCUUUUGUGGUUUAUCACCAAAAGGACUUCGACCUAAUGUGAGGACAUACACUAUAAUGAUUAAUGGACUCUGUAUCGGAGGCCUAACAAGUGAAGCGGAAAAUUUGCUGGUUGAAAUGGAAGGGAAAGGCUGUUAUCCAGAUGGUUGCACAUAUAACACAAUUAUCAGAGGGCUUAUCAGGAACAAAGAGACAUCAAGGGCGAUGGUACUUAUUUAACAAAUGGUGGAGAAGGGUUUCUCUGGAGAUGCAUCAACAACGGAGUUGAUAGUUCAUUUACUGU